AAUAAAAAGUUUGAUAUGGCUAAGCUUACCAUUUUGCAGUAUUAUGUGUUGACAUGUCUGUUCUUACCUGGAGGUAAAAUAGAAGAAAAUAUGGAUAAAACUGAAAGGAGACCAAAUGCAAAAGCAGCAUCUUUGAGAUGGGAAAUCCUUCGUCAAGCUCUUCUUCGUCCCAAUUCUUCUAUGGAAACAGAUAAGCAUUCAGCAAGUGCCACCAAAUGCAUUUCAAGAAAGACCAAUCAUGGGUUCAACUUGAUUCCUAGCCAAUUAGUUGAUAAAGAUUCAAACUCUAGAGAUGCUACUAUUUGCUACACUUUACCCAUCAAUGGGUCCCCCAAACUUUUCCUUACUCAAAGGAUGGAUGAUGGUGCUGAUCUAAGUGAUUUUGAGAUCUCCAAUAGAUACAAUAUUGACAACACUGGACUUGUUUGUCAUUGGCCAUCAGAAGAUGUUCUUGCUUAUUUUUGUUUGUGCCAUGCAGAAAUGUUCAGGUCUAAGACAGUUAUUGAGCUUGGAUCAGGCUAUGGCCUAGCUGGUUUAAUUAUUGCUGCAACUACUGAAGCUUCAGAAGUUGUAAUUUCUGAUGGAAAUCCUCAAGUGGUUGAUUAUAUUCAGCGUAAUAUAGAUGCUAAUUCUGGAGCAUUUGGUAGUACAAAAGUGAAAAGUAUGACUUUGCAUUGGGAUCAGGAGGGAACUUCAGAUAUGUGUAACAAUUUUGAUGUCAUUGUUGCCAGUGAUUGCACCUUUUUUAAGGAGUUCCAUAAAGGCCUUGCGCACACUGUCAAACUCUUGCUAAGAAAUUCUGGGACCUCCGAAGCAUUAUUCUUCAGCCCUAAGAGAGGUGAUUCACUGGACAUGUUUCUUGAGGAAAUUGAAAAGAACGGCUUGAAUUCUUGUGUAGCUGAGAACUACGAUACAGAAGUUUGGAUGCGCCAUCAAGAGUUUAUGCAUGGUGAUAACUCAUGGCCCAGCUAUGAAAAAAACCACUGCUACCCUUUAUUCGUCAGAGUUACAUUGUAAACUUUUAGAGCUCUAUAUUUCCUUUCUUAAUCUGUACAUGAUCCUGCAUGAUCAUUCAUAUCUCAAAGGAAGUUCUCAUUGUUGGUUGAACCAAAAUGGUAUGCUGUGGUAGGCAUCAAUUCACUUGCCUGCUAUUCUCUUCUUGCUUACUCUUUUGGUGGGUCCUAUGAUCAUUGAAAUUGCAUUCCUCACCACUACAUUGUGUGGGUCCGUGGAUGGUUUAUUGUUUUGGCAAUUGAAAAGGAAAGAUUGCGGA